AUGCGUCCUGCAGUCGACCGCAUGCAGGCCAUGUUCGAUCAUGAAAUGAUUCAGAAAAAUGAUUUAAUGAAGUUCAGACGAAUCUGUUGUCCACGUGAACCGAUCUUCGCCGUGGGUAUCACCGCGAUCCGCCAACACCACGGACGAAUCUCUACAACUUACGGAGAUGACAUUCGAAUACCUCCUGUGUAUCGGGAUCCUUCUGCACAUACUUCUGAUGUGUACGGAUAUGAGACAUUACGGAGUCCACAAUUACCA